AUCCAUCCAUUCAUUCUUUCUUCAACCAACGACAAUUAUUCCCAAGUCCGACUCGACACAUCUCGGCACCAUUCGCGAAUUGGAAAUCCUUCGAUCCGCGACUUAUCCGAUCGAUUAAAUCAUAAGAUUGAGAAGUUGAAUCGGAAAGAAAAAAAAAUAACAGUAAAAGGAGACGGAUAGAGAGAAAGAGUGAAGGAUUAACGAAUUCGGAUUUCGCCUUUAGGAGGCUUGAGGACGCCUCUCAUAUCAUCAUGGCGGACCGACAACCCGAACGUCCUCCUUCAAGCGCCUCCAGGCCAGCAUCUCCCUCACACUUAGCCCCCGAAGCCUCGUCUUCAACAUCGGCCUCAUCCUCUUCUACACCUUCCUCAACUUCACCGACCGCCGCUGAUGUGGUCCGAUUGCCCUCCCAGACGUCUAACCCCAACGUCUUCGACGAUGAAUUUGCCAUCGAAUCUGCAGACGUCACGGAUAACUCAGCACCAGUCACUCCGAUUGCUGCCGAAGAUCCUUCCUCCAUUUCGCCCGUUGAAGCUGCUGCUAUUGUUGAUGGACCCAUGAGACCACAGCGACCCGCAGAAGAGAUAACUCCAAUUGCAUCGCCUCCUGUGUCCAAGGCACAGGAAGCCGCGCAAGAGACUGGCUUGGCUUCCGAUGCAACAACACCGGCAGCAGCAGCAGCUUCUGCUAACGCACAAGGCCCCAAAUCCCACUUCAACUUUCAAAUGCCUCCACCAAUGGGCCAAGGAAGACCCGCAUCACCAGGCUUUAACCCUGAUGGCACCCCUCGUCGCCCUGCCAGCAUUGCCUCGUCUUUUCAGAUGCCGCGUGCACAGAGCCCUUACCAAGGAGCCACAGGCCCCAGUCAUCCAUACGACAUGUACCCGCAAGGCAUCGGCUUGCCUCGAUCUCCUAGCCUUUCUAGUGCUUCCAAUGUUCGCACAUCGCGUGUGUACACUGGCCCCAACGGACCCACUCACCCUUAUGGCAUGUAUCCCCAGAAUACGAUACCCGAAGGUACCGAUGGUUUGACAUCGCACAUUCCUGUCGGCUUCCCUGGAGUCGCACAGCAGACCUUUACCCGUCCACUUGGGCCCAGUGCUGAAGGCGCCGAUGACAUUGUUGGCCCGGAUGGCCACACCGAGCAGCUCCCUCCCUACACUAGAUACCCCGAUGGUCAUCAACCAUCUCCUGUUGUGAAUACACAUGGCUUAGACUCGGCGGCGGCGGCAGGGGCGGCAGGGGCGGCAGCAGGAACUGACGCAGCGGCCACACACGCCUUGCCUGGGGCUGAUGCAGGCACUCCUGUGACUAUGAGCCCUUCUCCGCAGGAACGGAUACAACCCCAGACAAGCGAAACGCAGACGACGCUUGUUGAGCCCGAUCAUAGCGGUAGCUUCAAGGAGAAGCUGACUGAGAAGAGCAAACAUCGGGUCUGCUGGGGCAAGGUGCCCAUGUGGCUUUUUGCUGUCAGCAUCGCCCUGAUUGUCAUCUUCGCGGCAAUCUUGGGUGGUGUCGUCGGUGGCCUCGUGAGCAACGAGAACCGCCAUAGUGCGCAACAAGCUUCUCAACAAGCUUCAGCGGCGGCAGCUAGCGCUACACGAUCGGUUGUAACGGUGACUGCCAGCUCCUCGUCUUGGAAUGAUUUUUCACCAUUGUCAUCGACUCCUACCAAUCUCCCCACGCUUGCCUCUGGCACUUAUGUCGUGCCCAUGCCCACGGCUCAGGUGGAUUCAAGUGCCUGUCUCAUUGACAAUAAUCAAUCGAGCGCUUGGUCGUGCAAUGUCGGCGGUGACCUCUUUGAAUUGCUCUAUAUUGCUGGUGGCCCAGGAAAGUCGAAUUUUGCCAAAUUUAUCACCCCGGGUGAUACCAUACAAUACGGAGCGCAACCGCCGUCGAUUGGUCAACCACAAAUGGUUAAUCUUGUGACGGACAAUGACGCUGCCAACCUCGGACCCGCAUACUUUUUCCGCACGCAGGCAUACGACAAGGUCGUGGUUGUUCCCGAAGAGCAGUUUCCUCAAGGCUCUUCUAGUAAACAAAGACGAUCUGCAUCACCCAUUGUGCAACGAAGUUCUGCCAAUUUCACACGAUACACUGAUAUUGUCAGACCAAAUGAAAAGCCAUGGUUUUGUUUUUGGAAUGGAACCAUGCUCGACGUCUUCAUCUACCUUUAUGAAAACUCGUCGGUAGCAGCCUGGGACAACGCGGCGGCGUCGGCAGCAGCCAAGAGCUCCGGACACUCAUCGACGACCACUAUCACCACGACAUAUAAUUCAUACCCCAGCGGCAUGGCUCCAACAUCGACAACCUCCAGUCUAACAACCACCAGUGAUACCGUUCCCUGGCCCAGCCAAUUUAAUGAUUUCCCCAAACGUGUCAAAGCUAUUGAGCGAAGGCAGGAGCAUAAUGCGAUCCAGCCGUAUUGCCAGCAGAUGCAAAUGUUGGAUGACUGGUCCAUCCAACCGGCCCAAGAAAAUGGCAGCCCAGUCACCUUCUUGCUCAAUGAGACCGAGCCAGAACCGUCACCUACUACUGCCGCGUUCAUCACAAGCGUGACCGCGCGCCGUCGCCGGUGGGAUGAUGGACCUGAAGUCCGUGCCAAGCGGUCCGAAGGUGGCGCUACCUGGAAAGACGGCUGUUUCUGCGAGUGGCUAAGCUCAUGACAUUAAUUUUCGACGUUUUUAAAGAUAUCAUUUUCUUUUCCCUCAAAUUGGUCCUUCUACUACUUCCCUCGUGGAAUCCUCGAGGCUUUUUC